GCCCAACCGUCACCGGCUUUAAAGAGCGCUCGCGUGCCGGGCACGUUUGCCUCGCCGCGAUUGGCUGGCACGGCCUGUCAGUUGUAUCCGUGCCCGCCCUCCGCGCCCGCUGAUUGGCCGGGCGGGGCAAGAGCGAGGGAAAGCUGUGGCCGCGGGGCCGGGCGCAUGAGGCGCUGAGACUGCCGGCGGCCGGGCUGCGCUCUGUGGCGUUCGGCUCCCGACGGGACAGCGGGGAGUCAUGCCGUGGCCUCGUCUGCCUGGGGAUAGCGCUGUUGCAGAUGUGCGUGAGGAGAAUAAAGAGGCAGCAAAUGGAUGCGGCAAAAUCCGAAGUGGUGCUCAAAAUGGGGCUGCUUUACUUGCCCUAAUGGAGAAGACUGGAUACAGCAUGGUGCAGCAAAACGGGCAAAGAAAAUUUGGUGGUCCUCCACCAGGUUGGGAAGGUCCUCCACCACCUCGUGGAUGUGAAGUUUUUGUGGGUAAGAUUCCUCGCGAUAUGUAUGAAGAUGAACUAGUUCCUGUUUUCGAGAGAGCUGGGAAGAUCUAUGAGCUGAGACUGAUGAUGGAGUUCACUGGUGAGAACCGAGGCUAUGCUUUUGUGAUGUACACCACUAAAGAGGAAGCCCAGCUGGCCAUCAAGAUUCUUAAUAAUUAUGAAAUUCGUCCAGGGAAGUUUAUUGGUGUCUGUGUAAGCUUGGACAACUGCAGACUGUUUAUUGGAGCAAUUCCUAAAGAUAAGAAGAAAGAAGAAAUACUGAAUGAAAUGAAAAAAGUUACAGAAGGAGUGGUGGAUGUCAUUGUUUAUCCAAAUGCCACUGACAAAUCUAAAAAUCGUGGCUUUGCCUUUGUAGAAUAUGAAUCUCACAGAGCAGCUGCAAUGGCUAGAAGACGAUUAAUCCCAGGAACGUUCCAGCCCUGGGGUCAUACUAUUCAAGUAGACUGGGCAGAUCCUGAGAAAGUAGUUGAUGAAGAAACUAUGCAGAGAGUUAAAGUAUUGUAUGUGAGAAAUUUAAUGAUAUCUACUACAGAGGACAAAAUUAAAGCUGAAUUCAACAAGUUCAAGCCAGGAGUAGUUGAACGUGUAAAGAAGUUGAGGGACUAUGCUUUUGUUCAUUUUUUCCACCGUGAAGAUGCAGUUGCUGCUAUGUCUGUAAUGAAUGGAAAGUGCAUUGAUGGAGCCAGUAUUGAGGUAACACUGGCAAAGCCAGUUAACAAAGAAAGUUCUUGGAAGCAACACUUUAAUGGUCAGAUAAGUCCCAGUUCUGAAAAUCUCUUAGGGUUUCCUAACAAAGAAGAUGGUACUCAAAAAUCCUUGGGGAAACCAGCAAGUCUUUCAGUUCGUCUUAAUGGUCAGCACAGUCCAGGCCCCCCUGAAGUUGAAAGAAGUACAUACCCCAUUUUUCCAGGAAUAAAGCUUACUCCAAUUAGCAUGUAUUCUUUAAAGCUGAGUCACUUCAGUUCUGCAGUAAUGCAUCUGGAUUAUUUUUGCCAUAAAAAUAGCUGGGCACCACCAGAAUACUGCUUGUAUUCAACCACAGGUCAGGAUGGGAAAAUACUCUUGGUGUACAAGGUGCUUAUUUCUAGUAUUGCAGAUGAUUCCCAGAGUUAUUUCAUGCCAGAAAAGCUCUGUACAACAGUAGAAGAUGCAAAGGAAUUGGCAGCACAAUUCACACUUUUACAUCUAGCCCCCGAGCAAGCAUAUAUAGCAUUGCUGUCCCUGAAGGCGGCAUGGUGGGAUAGUAAAGCCAACUGUACACCCUACUUGAUUUGAAUUUCCCUGAAGAAGAGAAGUUUGGAAUUUAUUGCUUUGGAUCUUGUCAUGAAAGGAAAAAGAACACCCCACUGAUACAUAAUUAUUGGAAAUUCACAUUCCGUGUUUAUCAAUGAAUAAUUCUUCAAAGUGUGUGUAUUAAGCAUUUCAAUUUAAAGAUUAGUGAAAUUGAAUGUUAAAUUGUUUUGGUUAGUUUGAUUAAAUUUGGGUUUUAAAACAUAAUUUGUUUAAAAGAUUUUUAUUACCUGUAAUUGUUUCAACACUAAAUAUAAAUUACUGUUGUAUAGACUAUUUGCCACAAUUCCUACUCUUGUAUUCUCGCACAGAAUUUUUACAGCUUCUGUUGUAUGUAAUAAAUCUUAAACAAAUGUUAAAAAAACCCACCAACAAAACAAUAAACACUAUUCUGUCAACUCUGCCUUUUCAUACAUAAACAUGCAUAAUAUGAAGCUUAAAUACCAUCCCUCCAGUUUGCUUCCAUUAACUUGAUGCAAAAUUUUGUAGGAAGAACAUGUCCAAUAAAAUCUUUACUUAUGAUACAGCAUUACAUCAAUGGAAAACUUGUAUUUUGAAGGACUUUAUUUCAGUGUACCAUCAGGCUACGUUGCUGUAGUCAUAACAUUGAGGUUCAAUAUCUUAGUUAAUUCUUGGAGAUGGUAACACUUUUAUCCAGGCUCUCCCUUGAAACCAGCGCUUGUGCUUGCCUUGGGUAGCCGUGUGGAACAGCAGCUUGCUCACUUUAUAAUCAGACCAUGUUCUUCUUAAAAAAUAUUGUUUAGCAUUAAACUGAAAAUAGUUUUUGAUUUUAAAAAUCAGAUAUAUGUAAUUCAUUUUGAGUGAGCCAUCUUUAUUUUUCUUGUGACUAUUUGGCAUUUCUCAGUCAAGUGCUUUAUUUAUUGAAUGACAAAAGGAUAACAACUUUACCUUUUUAAAAAUCUGAAACUAAUACAGUAGACCAUUCUUAUUUUUGGAUUUUAUACAUAGUUUCAGUUCUUUGACAAGGAGUGGGCCAAGUGGUUAAAAUGUCUAAGGGCCUCACCUAUGCAAGUAUUGUUUGUAACCUGUUGUAUCUGAAAAUUGUUUGUCAGAAAGGAAUAUUAUGUAGACAGAAAACAAUGCAAUGGAAAGAUUUCAAGUUGAAUAAUUUUUCUUAAAAGCAAUCAACUGUGUUGGUCCACUAUGUAUUUUGGUUCAGUGUAUUUCAUCACCAUAUUAAAUUGUCUUUUUUGCUGUUAAUUUAGGUGCAGUUGUAGCAGUUUCAUUUUUUUUGCAUUUGAUAUUAGCUACAUAAUAAUUCUUCUAAACGUUGCAAUUUCGAACGUUGAAAUAAUGUGUUUGACUUCUGUACGUGAAUUACCAUUUAUAUUAAAUUUAUGCUGUUCAUAUUUGGUGUCUGUAAAAGAAAAUAAAUCAUUAUUUUAGACGUGGUACCUUGACAAACUUACUUUGCAGGAUUCACUUUGCUUUCUCUAGUAACAGGCUUUGGCCAGAGGCCGCAGUGCUUUGCUGAACAAAAGGAAGGUGAUUAAGUGGCUGGGUGAACGCUUGAAAAAAGAAAAGUAAUUCUUAAACAGCAGGUUGGCUCAUAGCUUCUGUCGAAUGUGAAAGUUGUUAAAAGGUUAGGAUUUCCUACAAACCUCAUGAGGAAAGGGAACAGGGAACUUGUUUAAUCCAUGUUUAAACUGAGUGGUUCCUAAGGCCAAGACAAAAACUAGUGUUUGAGAUAGAAUGAUAGAGUAUAAUGCUGAUAAGAUACAG